AUGGAUCAUAUUUCUACGCUCUGUGCCUUGAGCACUGUCGGCAUUGCUACUACAGGAUUGGCGCUUGGUCGCGUUGAGCGAACAAAGUCUAGUCUAUUGCGACGCAAAACUCUACCUCAUAAUCAAGUGUCGCCUCAUCCUAACGAAGCGCCAAAUAAUAAUGUCCGACCCCAAACCUCCCGAUCACUACGACCGAAAUCUGCGGGGACAAGUUGGAUCUUACGGGAGAAGCCGACUGAGAACCAGGGAUCGCAAGAUACUCAAUCUAAUGGACCGGAUCUUCGAAAGGCAUCACUCUCCUUUGGCGCUGCUCGAAUGCGCCGCCGUGGUCAAACCUUAACCAACCCACCCCUACGAAUUCCAGAAAAUGAAACAACAGACCCACCACCAUCCCGAAGACCAUCUACUGGCUGGUUACGACGACUAUCAAUAGUAUCAUUUCAAACUGAAAGUCCGUCAACUAAUAGUCCUGUUACUCCAUCCUUCAAUGGGUCAGCGAGUCCAAUCCUUCCCCGUCCUUCUAGCCGCAGAUCUCCCAACAAACUGGUCAAGCGGACGUCACAACAUUCCAAUGUCCCUCUUUUUGUCAACCCUUCUGAGUCUCCCAAUCCUGGCUUACGCAGACCAGCAACUAGCUAUCAACGGUCAGAGUCUAGGCAAUUUCAGUCACCUCUGGUCACAAAUUUUGAAUCGGAAAUCUCAGAGCGCUUUUUACUUGACUCGCCAGGAUUUGAUGAGUUCGGGCUUCAUUCUCAAGAUGAAUGGAAACCAUACUUACUUCCUAAAUCAAGUGGCUUUCCUGCAAAACUUGCCCGAAAAUUGCCCGCUACAGGAGGCCCCAUGGGUUCAGGUGUACGACGAAUAACCUCCGAUCAAGACACCUUACCAGCUUUGGUCCUUGCAACCAGCAUCAUAGCUAAAGCUCCUAAUACUCAAAUCCAGACAGAGCCCCCUUUCACUCCUGUGGAAUUUCGCAAUCCAUUCCAGAAUAAUGGGACUGAUCAACUCACUCCUCUACCAACUCCUCCUCCAGAUAAGCCACGUCACAAACAUUCUUAUUCUAUGAGUGACGCAGAGCCUGAAAGAAUGAUUGUGAAUACUGUGACUGGAUCCGGAGACCCCAUUCUUGGACGGCCUCGUGGUGGCUCAUUAAAGCGUGUAAAGGGUAGAACGUUCUCUAUUCCUCGAACGGAGCUUGCAAAGUUGGAAAAAUCAAUGCCAGGUGUUCCUGCACCACCGCCACAACGGCGGAAUAUUACUGAUCCUAGUAUCUUUCGUCAGCCACAAGGAUUAUCUCCAUCUGGCCUUCCUAUCUCUACUGCUGGAAGAGACGCACAAGUUGGACCAAGAUCAGUAUCACAAGAUUACAAUAUUGGUCUACGUCAUAGCCGUCCAUUGACUUCCGAUGCUGUCGCUCUAUCAACUUGGCAGCAUUCUUGUCGGCCAAGUGGGCCUGAAAGUAAUGUAUACAGUUCCUCGUUACGUCGUCGUCCUAAAAGAUUUUCAAUUGCUGCAUCAGAUCCAUCAGAUCCAUCUUCAACUGUAAUUGGAUCUGAUGAUACACGUGUUUUCACGUCGAGCGAUGAGUAUGAGACAGAUAUGAUGACAGAUUACUGGGACUCAAUACGCACCCGGCGCACCAGUGCAAGUGGGUUAAAGGGCUUACGCAUCGAAACUAUGUUUGAUAAGGCAGGUGCAAACCUUUCAAAUGAGGAAGUCACAACACUCGCAGAUCUACUUCCACAUGGGUCGUUUGCUUCACGUAUUGAAAGGGACCCGCCCAUUUUCUCUGGCGCUCUUCUUCCUGUUGCCCCUCUCCACCUCAACCUCAGCAACAUCACGGCCUUACCAGUAGCUGAGGACGAGUCACAGAGCAGCAUCGGUGCCUUGCCUGAAGACUUUGACCCUCCUUCCUCUCAGGAACACCGAACCACAGACUUCUCUCCUUCACAAAAGCAUUCCUUGUCAGAUUUCCCUCCUUCACAAAAGCGUCUGUCAGAGUUCCAUCCUUCACAUCCUUCUUCACGCAAAAACCCCUUUGACCCGGGCUCCCCUCUUGACGAUAUGUGCUCCCUGCGGGAGGACACGACAGUUAAGAUGAAUAUCUUUGACUGGUCUGAGCAGCGUGAGUCCGAGUCCGAGGCUCGCCCUCGAACUGUACACGGCAAACAACAGGACAUUAACCGUGGAAGCCGCGCUGCCUGCCGCAAGGUCCCCUCUGCUAUUCACCUCCGAAGCCAGAGUGUUCCCGUUGUUGGAGAUGCCACCACCACCGACUCACGUCAAACCUCCGGAAAAUUUGGUACCUGGGCCCUGGGCACCAAGGGCGUCAGUGAGGACUGGGACAGUGACUUCGACUUUGAGGAUGACGACAAUGAGGCUCCUCCAAGCCAGGAUACCAAGACCACCACUGAUUCUGAGUGCCUUUCCCAGACCGUUGCUGUUCCCCAGGCCAUCUUAGAGCGUCAGGCCAGUUUGCGCGGUCAAUUCGGCCAGGUGCAGGAGUUGACACUGCUUGUCGAGGAACUGAAGCGUCUGCGUCACCAAGCUGGACUUCUGAGUCUUCUGGACGGCCCCGCAAGCGAACUCUGGAAGGAAGCCGAGGGCAUCAUCAAUCUGGCGACCAUCGACGACGACGACCACCACCAGCACCGCUCCUCGCCCCCUGGAUCGCCUUCAUCCCUGACUUUCAGCUUCGACGACUCGGACGACGAAGGCUUGAGCAAUGCGGCCAAGAAGUACAAUGGGGGUCGGAAGAGUGACGGUCUUGAUGGACUCGCCCAGGACACCCAGAAGUGUACCUCAGCUCUCGAGCAGCUCUCUAUGCACUCGCCUAAGUCCAAGUCGGUCCUUGACUUCCUUCACCCUAGCCAGCGAACUGAGAGUUCCACCCUGCCUCGCGUCUCCCACCAUGCGCGACCCCAGAAGCUGCCCUUUGACACUUCUUCCCUCCGUGAUCUCGUGGUUCGUGCUGGAGUGGUGACCCGGGCCUUGAAGGAGGUGAUCCGUAAGGCGGAGGGCGUUGAUGCCAAGCCGCAGGACAUCUUCCCUUCUGACCCUCCGUUCCGUCGCAUCUUCGACCAGCCCUCCCAGGAUGACCUGGCGAGCUUUAAGGCCGCAAUGGCCGAGAUGCACUGA